AUGUCUAAAAAGUUCUUGAAUAAUUUUGUAUGCGAAAGCGAAAAGGGUAGUAGAGAGAGUCUCCAUAAAGACUCACGCCGACUGAAGCGCUCUCCAAAGCGUGAUUUACAGACCUUGAAUGAAGGAACGAUGGAAGGCAAGAUGGAUGAGUUGAACAUCGAUAACGCUAACGAGCCAGCCAAUAAAGAACGAGAACGCAUUCUACCCCCUCCUCCCCCGCCACCCAGAGGUUCUCAUUGGUUAAGUAAAAUAUCGACAUCAGCCAAUCAUAACUCUGAACUCAUUCACCUACAUGAAGGUUGCAGCAACAAAACAAAUCUUAACAAUGACGUCAAAAACAGAAGCAACUAUGAUGACACUUUCAACGCCUACAACAACAACGCCGUCACAAAAUUUGGUAGCAAUGUUAGCCUAAACAAAGAACACUACACCACUAACAACAGCAGCAACAGCAACAACAAAAUAUACUACAACAAAGCCAAGCAACAAACGACACUUUUUCUUCUUCCCUCUCCCGAUAGAAUUUCACAUCAGCAGCCGUCGAAACAGCAACAAUUUUAUCAGCAACACCCACAACAACAACAACAACAAUCGCAACAUCAACAACAUCCACUUCUGCCACAGCAACAUUUUUUAGCAGCAAAAUCAUCGACGCUGAAAUAUACGAGAAUGUUCAGUAGCCAGGGAAACAACACAACAAUGAUUUUAUACCCUCUGAGUCCGUCCGGCUUGAAAACACAAUUGAUGGACGCCAACAACAACAACAAUAACAACAACAUCAACAACAACAACAACGUUAACAACAUCAACAACACAAUUCGCCGUGCUAACCAUGUUAACAAAAUAUCAGAAGCCAACGAUCAUCCCAAUAAGAAUGAAAAUAAUCUUAGAGACGCCGUUAACUGCAGCAACAGUGGCAGCAGCAGCAACCACAACGUCAACAACAACAACAGCAGCAGCAGUAAUAACGACGACGCUCCUUCUAAAGACCAAAAUAAUUUCAAAAGAGCAGAGAACAAAUUUUCAACUAUGGUUCCGAGGAGUUUGACGAGGAAGCACAGCAGCACUUCAAUCACACGUCAAAAAGUGUCAUCCAGUAGCAGUCAUAACAGAAACAAAUCGCGCCAACCAAAUGAUGCUAGCAACAUUCAAACCCCCACAUCGCAGCGGGCACCGAAAGUGAAUUUCAGCAUUCCCUACUCCACUGCCGGUGUUGAAGCUGACGUUGUCGACUGCGACUUAUGA